GGCUUCCUCUCUGCCCAAGAAGUGCCUGUCCCCUUCACUGGAUGUCACUGUCCUUGUUUCACCUUUGAACUUCAUUCAGCUGUCACUGGUGGAAGAGAGUCAUGGAUCUGGGAACCUUGGGAAAUGAUUCCUGUGUGACCACAUUUGUCCUGCUGGGUCUCACGGAGACUCCAUCUUUGCAGCCCAUUCUCUUUGUCCUUUUCCUUCUUGCUUAUGUAGCUACUCUUGGUGGAAAUUUCAGCAUCUUGGCUGCUAUCAUUAUAGAACCCAAACUCCACACUCCCAUGUAUUUCUUCUUGGGGAACUUGUCUAUGCUGGAUGUUGGAUGCAUUAGUGUCACCGUUCCUGCCAUGUUGAAACAUUUACUAUCCAAUGACAGACACAUUCCCUAUGGGGCCUGCCUCACACAGCUCUUCUUCUUUCACCUCCUGGCUGGGGCAGACUGCUUCCUUCUGACUGUCAUGGCCUAUGACCGUUAUCUGGCCAUCUGCCACCCCCUCACCUACAACACCCAUAUGAGUUGGAAUAUCCAGAAGGCCUCAGUGUGCCUGUCAUGUGUGUUUUCUUUUAGCAAUGCACUGACCCAAACUGUUGCCUUGUCUACUCUUAAAUUCUGUGGCCCCAACACAAUCAACCACUUCUACUGCGACCUCCCUCAGCUAUUCCAGCUCUCCUGUUCCAGCAUCCAACUCAAUGAGCAGCUGCUCUUUGUAGCAGCAGCUUUCAUGGGCGUGGUCCCCUUGGUCCUCAUCACUGUGUCAUAUGGCCAUGUGGCAGCUGCAGUUCUUCGUAUCCGGUCUGCUGAGGGCAGGAAGAAAGCCUUCUCCACAUGCAGCUCUCACCUCACUGUGGUAGGCAUCUUCUAUGGGACAGGGGUCUUCAGUUACAUGCGGCUGGGGUCAGUGGAAUCCUCAGACAAGGACAAAGGCAUUGGCAUCCUCAACACUGUCAUCAGUCCCAUGCUGAACCCACUUAUCUACAGUCUUAGAAACCCUGAUGUGCAGGGUGCCCUACGGAAGGUGCUCACAGGGAGGUAGCCCCCAAAUGACACUUUUCUUCUGGCCUUAAUCAUUGUCAGAUCUCUUCUCACUACUUCUAAGUGAUAUUGUGAUUACCACAACCUGAAUGUGGGUAUGUUAAAAUGGGUACAUCCUUGAUUAGGAAGGGGAGUCCCUAAAAUAAUAAUAACCAUCACAUUAUCACUGCCACAUACAAUGUAACAAGUGACUAAGUGUCACUACUUCCGUUAAUUCUCCUAAUUAUAUAAGGUGGGUGCAGUUUGCAAAUUGUAGAUGAAAAAAACUUAACUUCAGAGAGGUUGAGUAACUUCAUCCAAGUCACAGAGCUCUAGUGAAUGUCAAAGCAAGGAUUUGAUCCUAGAGGCAUGCUACACAUGCAACUAUUGCUUCUUAGUAGUAAUACACUAUUGCGAGGAGGAGGGGCACUCUAAAGUAAAGAGAUGAUAAUAAAUAUUAAACAAUAAACAAUAAGAAAAGAAA